GAGCGGAGGAGGACGGGGGGAAGGAGGGAGGAGGGGAGGGAGCCCCCAACCUCCCUUCACGCCGAGAGGAAACACCCACCAACUUUCUGCAAACUUUCUUUUAAUGUUUGCGUGAAAAGUGCGACGCUUCGCCCGCGGGUCGAGAGGAGCCGCCGGCGCGACGGACGGCGACAUGUCGGGGAGAUCCGGCAGAUCCGGAGCCGCCUGGACGUGACUGGAGGAUGGAAGGAGAAAAAGAAACAGCUGAGGAGAAGGAGGAGGAGGAGGAGGAGGAGGAGAAUGAGCUUCAUCAUCACACAGCAGUCGCGUCCCCUCUGGAUUACCAAGACCAUCCCAUCAUGCAGUGGGAGGACUUGAGCCAGCGGAUCGCUGAGUUGGAGAAACAGGAGCAGGAGAGGAGGGAAAGGGUAAAGAGGGGGACGACGGGGAGAACGGAGGAGUUUCAGGGCGGAGAGUGGCGGCACCUCUGGGACGAGGAUGAGGAGGAUAACAGGAGGUGUCAAGUCGGCGUCAUCACGUCACGUUUUCACAAACACAGAAAUCUGCAGCUGUGCUUCAUCAACAACAGCGACAGCGAAGACGAGGAUGGAGGACACGACAAAAAGGUUCCCAGGGGAACGGGUCACAGUGGUUGCCAUGCCGCUGGGCUGAAACGGGAGGUGGCCACUGCGCUGAGAGCGCUGAGGGACAAAGUUCUGGCCGAGCAGAAGGAGAAGGAGCAUAUGACCGUCAGCAGCUGUGUUGCCAGCCGGAAACAUCUGGAGCGUUGGGAGCUGCAGGAGCGUUCGGCGCAGCAGCUCGGCAGCCUGAAAGCAUCGCUUCAACAGGAAGUUCAUGCUUUGAGCGCUGAACUCGUGACCCACCUGCUGGUACGAGACCAGCUGAGGACGAAGCAGGAUGCCAUGCUGUUGGACGUCCAGGACCUGACCUAAAACUGGACUGUCCACAAGAACUCAGACGAGUGGCUUCUCUGGGAACAGGUUGGGCUAAAGGUCCAGGUCUGCCCAGGAGACACUUACUUAAAACCAACCAGUUGGUUCAUUUAAACUAACAAAUAACCACCAAAAAAGACAACCGGAUGAUGUGGUUUAAUAACCCAAAAACCAGAUGGGGGACAGUUCACUCCAGCGGGAAUCCUCGAGAUCUACAAGUACGAACCACUAUCUUCACUUUAUCUUUUUUCCGUCCAGAAUUUGGAAAUUCCAGAAAAGAUGUUUAGAAAGGUUUCUGGGGAAGAUGUUUAGAGUCUAGAACAGGAGUAGCUGAUUCAUUUUAGAUGUGUCCCUGCUUAAACACAACCCUCUUAGAGAUGGCUGUGUCUUGAUGUAUUGAUACGAAUCUUUAAUUGGAAUCAGGUCUGUUGAAGUAGGGAAUUGCCCACCCCUGGUCUAAAAGAUGUCUAGAAAAGUUUCUGGAGAAGAUGUCUAGACAAGUCUUUGGAAAAGAUUAUUCUAGAAUCUAAAAGAUGUCUAGAAAGGUUUCUCUAGAGAUGUCUAGAAUCUAGAAGAGACUCCAGAAAGGUUUCUGGAGAAGAUGUCUAGACAAGUGUCUGGAAAAUGUUUUAAAAAAGUUGUCUAGAGUCUAAAAGAUGUUUAGAAAGGUUUGUGGAGAAGAUCUAGAAGUCUCUGGAGAAGAUGUUGACAGUCAAAGGAAGUCAGAAACAGUCACUAGCUUAAAUGCUACAUUCAGCUCCAUUUGUACAGUUUCCUUGAUGGUGAAACUGUACAAAUGUUGGUUAUGAUGUAAAGACAAACCUAAGUGGAAGAGUUUAUUUAGUAAUUUAGUUUAUUUAGUAAUAAAUUAUAUUAAAUGUCUAUAACGAUUGAUCAGGCGGACUGUUGGGCAUUUUUAUUAAUCUUUUUCCUCCGACGCCUGGAAGUAUCAAUAACUGAUUAACAGGCAGACAUGACGCUGCCCCUAGUUUUAUUUAAUAAAUUAAUUUGACAAUUUAUUUAUUACAUUUGUAUUAUAUAUUUUUAAACUGUUGUAUCUUAUCAUGCAAAGACAAAACCAGGAAAUCGACUCAACAAACCAGCCAGAGAAAGAAAUCUUCAUGAAUCGUCCAUCGGUUGAUUUCUAAAAUGAUCAGAACCGUCGUCAACCACAGAAAUGCGUGAUCCGGUUGCUCUCUCUGUUUUCAAUCAACAGCCCAAAAAUGAAAAAGUGACCGCUUAUUUGUCUUUAAAUCAGAUAUAAAGAAAAUGUUAGAAAAUUGGUUUAUUUUUCAUAUGGUCAAUUUCAGGCUCAGAUCAAAAAUACAAAAUGGAAGUAAUGGAUGGAUCAUUGAUUAUUGAUGGAUGGAGAUAACCAUCACUGCUAGAAAAACUAACGUCAGGUCACAUAAACUCAAACUUAGUCCUGUGGCCCAGUUCUGUGGUUAAAACUCUGCUACUUCUAAAACUCGGCAGAAAACUGUAUUACUUUUAAAAGAAGUUCAAUUUAUCUGGAAUAAAAGUAGGAUCAAGUUACAAGACGCCUGUGAAGGAGAGACUUCAAGCAGGAGCACCGUAAUUCCUCCAAAACACUAAAAUCUUUGCAAACGUUCACUCACACGGACGUGCGUGAGCGCCACCGUUCAUUCACUUUGAAUGUGGUGAAGCCAAGCGUCGCCGAACUGAAUUGUGGGUUCUGUGUGUGAUGGAGGAAAUGAUGCUUCUGUCAAAAGUUGAGGAAUUGUCAUCUUUUCACACUUCACUGAGCGUCUCAGCCAAUCAGAUUGCUGCUACACUGUUAGCGCUAGCCAAUGACAUGAAAGCUGAUUUCAGGUAAAUAAUGAACAAGUGAUGGGAUCUGGAUAAAUGUGAUGGACAGAAUUCACGGAAAAGGCAGGGAAUGUUGAAAACGUAGCGGCGACAACGUGCGCCUGACCUCCAAUAGGAACUCUGCACAUUCACAAGCCAUUAGCUCCGCCCACUAGUAAGCCUCCAAGAAAUUGACCAAUAAGAACGCACCUAAACCACAUCCGUUGGUCUUCCAGGAACAGUUUCCCCUUGUGAUUCUCAUCUGGGAAAUAAUUAAGUCAUUUACGGGACUUUGGAGUCCAACUGGUGCAAAGCUACUUUAUUAAGUCGACUAAAUAAGCAGAAGUUAGUCCCUUCAUAUAGGAUAAAACAAAACCUAAAACAUUCAAAUAAAUUAAAUUAAAUUAUGGUUGUUAAAAGUUUAAAUUAAAGAUGUUCCGUUAAAGUUUAAAGUUAGCCGAUUAUAAAGAAAGUGUUGAGACAGUUAGUUUCAAGGUAGCUUUUCAUGGUUUUUGAUGUGAAACAAACUUGUUUUACUGAAGAAAAAGGGAUAAAAUCUUUAGUCGUCUGCAAAGAAUAAAACAUCAGAAGCUUUAGGCGUUUUUUUAUUGAGAUAGAUGUGGUGAUUAUUGUUGGAAAACCAAGCUGGGCGGUCCUCAGGUAAGAGUUUAGUUUGUUUUCAGGCGUUUAAGCGUAGCAAAGCGGGAUCUCCUCAGGUAGGAAGACCCGUCCCCAGUCCCGUCCCUCUGUCAUCGCUUCCGUCCAGCAAUCUGUUACCUACUCAGGUUUGAAGUCUUUGGGAUCAAAGAUGAUUCUGAAGUCACCAAGAUGUGUUUUCCUUUUUCUACAAAAAACUGACACUACUUCUACAAAAAAACGUUUUAUUAGAGACGUGUCUUUGUGUAAAAAAAUCAUUAAAAGCAUCUGUUCAAAGCGGAUCUUCGUAUUAAAUACAUACACAACUAGGAUACAGCUGCGCAGGUUGAGACAGUUCAGUCUCAGACUGAAGUUUUGUUUUGUUAAGGAUUAAUUGUAAUCGUCAGUUUUAACAUGAACUCUUCUUGUAUGUGUAGCGGUAGGACAGAUUUCAUUUUAUUUUAUUGCUUUAAUGUUACAAUCGGUGGUUUUACUUCUUGAAACGCGUAAGGGAUUCUCAACUAAACUUAAUUUUGCCACGUUUUACAGUCCCAUUUUCUACAUUUUCUGACUUUCAAGGGUCCAAAUUUUCUUAAACUAUCAGGUACUGAAUUUCCAGGUCAUCUAAUAACAAUAACAAUAAUAAUAAUAAUUGCUCUGGAGUCAUGUUCUGGGGGUCUCAAAAGCACCUAGUAACAAUCUGUACGCUAUAUAAAUAUAAUUUAACUGAAUGUAGCUGUCAUUUUAAAAGGUGCAGGUUUGAUUAGACAGUAAACAAAAGGUUUUUAAGGUUUUUUUUUUAAACAACUUCCUGCUUCCACCAGCAGAAAUCUGCACAUUGGUUGUCUAAACUCUGACCCCAGAUCAGCCCUGCCCCCUUACAUCAGUUCAAAAACGAACAUCCUCCAACGGACCGGUCAGUAAGUCCCACCCUCCUUAGUUACUCUGUUGCUAACUGACAAUCUCUCAGUGUGACAGUUUUACGAUGGACAGAUUUACUGUCUGUGAAAACUUUGUCCCAAGAUGUUUUGGACACUAUAGGACCACCUUCCAUGGAGGAACGUUCAGAUGGACUUAAAUAUGUCCUGGAGGGAAAACGUAGAGGGUGAGGGGCCUCAUCUUACUGUUGUCAUGGUAAACGAUGACUGACACAAGUAGAAGAUUAAGACUGCUUGAUCUAACAGACAAGGACAUUUUUUUUUACUUACAAAUCAUAGUAAAACGAGUGUUGUGGUGGUGAUGGACAUGAGCAGAGAUCAAAUCUGGGACGGGAUUGUGGUUUUCCUUCUGGUCCAGUUUAUGGUCUCAUCUUGUUUACUUUAAAUAUAAGGGAAUAAUCCACUGAAUGAAGAAAAGUGUGUGUGAGGACGUUUAUGACGUAUAAUUCUACAAAAAGCCCUGGACAUUUUCAGGACAUUUCUUCUAAACUUUAUCCACAACUGUUCAAUUUAUUGAACGUAAGAAAUGUGCUGCUGUUCAUCCUUUUAAGCAGCUGAGCGUUAUAUUCAUAAGACAAGUCAUGUAACGGUAAAAAAUGUGUGUUCGCUACUUUUUGUUCACAUACAAAUGUCUAAAAUCACAUUUAAUUGUGCGUUUGUGAACGAGGUAAUGGCAUGUUUCUGUCAGUGAAACAGUUUAAAGAGCAUAAAACUAAAAAGUGAUCAAUAAUACUUUUUUUUCAUCACUGUGAGUAUUUUUAAAUUGUAAAAGUUACAAAUGUAUUUCUAAGUGCAAACAUUAAAUCUGAAAUAUAUUUUAAGA